UAUAUAGUUUCCCUAACUUGAAAUCGCAGUGGCCAGUGAACAUCAUAUACAGGAGAUUUUGAAGCGUCCAAAAUCGAUGUUAACAUAUAGGAAUGGUGCAGAUGUUAUGCAAAAUUCUCCGAUAAGAGAAAUAGCGCAGGGAUACAACUAAUAAAUAUAAUAAUUAGAAUAAUAAGUCAAACGAAAAACUAAGAUGGAACAAGACGGUGACCAAAUGAAAACUGAAACAAUUUUAAGCAAAGAAAUUGCUGAAUUACAAAAAGCCCUUAAGUCAGAAGUUAUGGAAACAAUUAGUGUUUGUAACACUGAUGGCGAAACGUCUCAAGCUGAAGCAAGUUUGGACACCAACGAUUCAGUCGUUGACAAAGUUACAUCCUCAAAUAAACACACUUCACAAGCAAGAGGGAAGACAUCUAACGAUACACACACCACUGGAAUAGAUUUUCAUUGCAAAAACGUGUUUGAGUGUAACCAUUGUGAACACACAACUAACAAAAAAAUUGAUUUGAUAAAACAUUUACAAUCACAACACGGCACAGAUGGUUCUUGCAAAUUUUGCAACUUCAAAUGUGCCAAUAGAGACACUCUAGAGGAGCAUGAGAAGACUCACAGAAGGAAAUCAUUUUCGUGUAUACAUUGUAACUAUAAAACUUUAAAUUCAGGUGCUCUUAAAAACCAUGUUAGGACUCACACAGGUGAAAAACCUUACAUCUGUCAUCAUUGUGACUUUAAAUGUUCAAGUAAAAGUAAUUUCAUGCAGCACAUACGGACACACACGGGAGAAAAACCUUAUGGAUGUAAUCACUGUGACUACAAAUGUUCAAGAUCGAGUUCUCUAAAAAUUCAUCUAAGGACUCACACUGGAGAAAAGCCUUACCUGUGUAAAUAUUGUGACUAUAAAUGUGCAAAAAAUUUUACUCUAAAACGACACGUGAUAACUCACACUGGCGAGCUACUAUCAUGUACCGAUUGUAAGUUUAAAACUACAACCGCAAGUUAUCUAAAACAACACGUCAAUCUAGUACACUCUGACGAGAAAAAUUAUCUGUGUGACUACUGUUCCUAUGAAACUUCAUCAGCAACUAGUUUGAAAUCCCACAUAAGGACUCACACUAGAGAAACACGAGAAAAACGUUAUAUAUGUAAUCACUGUGGCUACAAAUGUUCAGUACCAUCUGCUCUAAAAAAACACAUCAUGAUACACACUGAUGAAAAACCUUAUCCAUGUAAUAUCUGCAACUAUAAAAGUUCAACUUUGAGUACCCUCAAAACCCAUAUGAUGACUCACACUGGAGAGAAGCCUUAUAUGUGUCAGUUUUGUAACUAUAAAAGUUCUCGAGCCAGCCGUCUCAAAAAUCACAUACGGACUCACACGGGAGAAAAACCGUAUGUGUGUAUUUAUAAUCAGUGCAACUAUAAGACUGCAAUGUCAAGUAAUCUUAAAGCCCACAUAAGGACUCACACAGGAGAGAAACCUCAUCAGUGUAAGUACUGUGACUGUAAAUUCACCCGACCCAGCUAUCUAGAUCGUCACAUGAGGACUCACGGUGGAAAACCAUAUUGUGAUAGUAAUCAGCACAAGAACGUUGUAUCCAAAGAAGAGUUAUCCAGUACUAUUGUACAUGUUGUACCCAAAGAACAGUUUUCCGGCACUAGUGUACAAUUAGACACUUCAGAUUUAGACCAACAAAUUGUCAACAUAAUGCCUGUCACAACUGAAACUAUUUUAAGCAAGGAAAUUGCUGGAUUACAAAAAGCCCGCAACCCUAAGUCAGAAAAUAUGGAAACAGCUGUUUGUGAUGCCCUCAACCCUAAGUCAGAAGAUAUUGAAACAACUGUUUGUGAUGCCCUCAACCUUAAGUCAGAAGAUACGGAAACAGCUGUUUGUGAAACCCUCAGCCCUAAGUCAGAGGAUAUGGAAACAACUGCUUGUAAAGCUCUCAGCCAGUUAGAGGAUAUGGAAACAACUGUUUGUGAUGCCCUCAACCCUAAGUCUGAAGAUAUUGAAACAGCUGUUUGUGAAGCCCUCAGCCCUAAGUCAGAGGAUAUGGAAACAACUGCUUGUAAAGCUCUCAGCCAGUUAGAGGAUAUGGAAACAACUGUUUGUGAUGCCCUCAACCCUAAGUCUGAAGAUAUUGAAACAGCUGUUUGUGAAGCCCUCAGCCCUAAGUCAGAGGAUAUAGAAACAGCUGUUUGUGGAGCCCUCAGCCCUAAGUCAGAGGAUAUGGGAACAGCUAUUUGUGAAACUUUCAGCCCUAAGUCUGAGGAUAUGGAAACAGCUGAUUUUGAUCCUCUCAGCCCUAAGUCAGAAGUUAUGGAAACAACUGUUUGUGUAUCUCAUGGCGAAACGUCUCAAGCUGAAGCAAGUUUGGACACCAACGAUCCAGUUGUUGACAAAGACGAAUACACUUCACAAGCAAGAGGGAAGAAAUCUAACAAUACAGACACCACUGAUACAUAUUUGCAUUGCGAAAGCGUGUUUGAGUGUAGCCAUUGUAAACACACAACUAACAAAAAAAUUGAUUUGAUAAAACAUUUACAAUCACAACACGGCACAGAUGGUUCUUGCAAAUUUUGCAACUUCAAAUGUGACAAUAGAGACACUCUAGAGGAGCAUGAGAAGACUCACAGAAGGAAAUCAUUUUCGUGUAUACAUUGUACCUAUAAAACUUUGAAUUCAGGUGCUCUUAAAAACCAUGUUAGGACUCACACAGGUGAAAAACCUUACAUCUGUCAUCAUUGUGACUUUAAAUGUUCAAGUAAAAGUAAUUUCAUGCAGCACAUACGGACACACACGGGAGAAAAACCUUAUGGAUGUAAUCACUGUGACUACAAAUGUUCAAUAUCGAGUUCUCUAAAAAUUCAUCUAAGGACUCACACUGGAGAAAAGCCUUACCUGUGUAAAUAUUGUGACUAUAAAUGUGCAAAAAAUUUUACUCUAAAACGACACAAUAUGAGAGCUCACCCUGGUAAGAAACAUUAUUGGUGUGAACACUGUGACUAUAAAUGUUCGACGCCAAGUGGUCUUAAAAUUCAUAUAAGGAGUCACACAGAAAAAAAAUUCUUAAACAUUGGUGACAAAGCCUGUCCUCAUUGUGACUUUAAAUGUUUAUUUGAAAGUGCUCUUAAAAUCCAUGUUAGGACGCACACGGGAGAAAAACCUUACCUGUGUAAAGAUUGUGACUAUAAGUGUUCAGAUAAAAAGUACCUCAAACAGCACAUGAGGACUCACACCGGAGAAAAACCUUAUGUAUGUAAUCACUGUGACUACAAAAGUUCAAAAUCAAGUGCUCUAAAAAUCCAUCUGAGGACACACACUGGAGAAAAACCGUAUCUGUGUAAAGAUUGUGACUAUAAAUGUUCAACGAAUUUUGCUCUAAAACGACAUGUGGUAACUCACACUGGUGAGCUACUAUCAUGUACCGAUUGUAAGUUUAAAACUACAACCGCAAGUUAUCUAAAACAACACGUCGAUCUAGUACACUCUGACGAGAAAAAUUAUCUGUGUGACUAUUGUUCCUAUGAAACUUCAUCAGCAACUAGUUUGAAAUCCCACAUAAGGACUCACACUAGAGAAACACGAGAAAAACGUUAUAUAUGUAAUCACUGUGGCUACAAAUGUUCAGUACCAUCUGCUCUAAAAAAACACAUCAUGAUACACACUGAUGAAAAACCUUAUCCGUGUAAUAUCUGCAACUAUAAAAGUUCAACUUUGAGUACCCUCAAAACCCAUAUGAUGACUCACACUGGAGAGAAGCCUUAUAUGUGUCAGUUUUGUAACUAUAAAAGUUCUCGAGCCAGCCGUCUCAAAAAUCACAUGCGGACUCACACUGGCGAAAAACCGUAUGUGUGUAUUUAUAAUCAGUGCAACUAUAAGACUGCAAUGUCAAGUAAUCUUAAAGCGCACAUGAGGACUCAUACAGGAGAGAAACCUCAUCAGUGUAAGUACUGUGACUGUAAAUUCACCCGACCCAGCUAUCUAGAUCGUCACAUGAGGACUCACACUGGAGAGGAACUCCAUUUGUGUAAACACUGUGACUAUAAAUGUUCAUCGUCAAGUAAUCUUAAAUCUCACAUGAGAACUCACACGAGACAGAAACAAUAUUGUUGUGAACUUUGUGACUACAAAUGUUCAACCAAAGUUAUUCUAAGGACCCACAUAAGGACUCACACUGCUGAGAAAUCUUAGUUUUGGAAGUGUUGUGAUAAAAUUGAAGUGACUGUCUGUUUGAACGGGCUAAUCUUCGGAAUGGCUGAACCUAUUUUGACGGGACUUUCACAGACAAGUAGAGGAUUAACCAAGGAGUAAUUAAGUUAUUUGGAAAUUGACCAUUUUCAAGCGAUACAUAAUAAAUUGAUUUGAAUUA